CCGGCAGCCAGGAAAAUGUGAGACAAUUCACUGCUGCUGGAAAGAGAACAGCUCGGCCUGUGUUCCUGCAAGUGCAAAUUAAUUUCUCGGCGGUGGACCCAAGCAGCUGAACAAGCCAAAAUGGAGGAUAAUAUGGAUACAAAAUCUAUUCUAGAAGAACUUCUUCUCAAAAGGUCCCAACAAAAGAAGAAAAUGUCACCAAAUAAUUACAAAGAACGGUCUUUUGUUUUGACCAAAACAAAUCUUUCCUAUUAUGAGUAUGACAAAAUGAAAAGAGGCAGCAGAAAAGGAUCCAUUGAAAUUAAGAAAAUCAGAUGUGUGGAGAAAGUAAAUCUCGAGGAGCAGACACCCGUGGAGAGACAGUACCCAUUUCAGAUCGUCUACAAAGAUGGGCUUCUCUAUGUCUAUGCAUCAAAUGAAGAGAGCCGAAGUCAGUGGUUGAAGGCAUUACAGAAAGAGAUAAGGGGCAACCCCCACCUACUGAUCAAGUACCACAGUGGGUUCUUCGUGGAUGGCAAGUUCCUGUGCUGCCAGCAGAGUUGCAAAGCCGCCCCAGGAUGUACCCUCUGGGAAGCAUAUGCUGAUCUACAUAUUGCAACCAAUGAAGAAAAACACAGAGCUCCUAUCUUCCCAGACAGGGUGCUGAAGAUUCCUCGGGCAGUUCCUAUUCUCAAAAUGGAUAUGCCAUCUUCAAGCACCACCCUAGCCCAUUACGACAGCGACUUGAAGAGAGAGUACGGCUCCCAGCCAAAUGUCAACAUGCAAUAUAUUCCAAGAGAAGACUGCCCCGACUGGUGGCAAGUAAGAAAACUGAAAAGCAGCAGCAGUGAAGAUGUUGUAUGUAGCAACCAAAGAGAAAAGAACAUAGUAAAUCACAGCACCUCAAAGAUUUCAUGGGGGUUCCCUGAGUCAAGUUCAUCUGAAGAAGAGGAAAAUCUGGAUGAUUAUGACUGGUUUGCAGGUAACAUCUCCAGGUCACAAUCUGAGCAGUUACUGAGACAAAAGGGAAAAGAAGGCGCAUUUAUGGUUAGAAAUUCUAGCCAGGUGGGAAUGUACACAGUGUCCUUAUUUAGUAAGGCUGUAAAUGAUAAAAAAGGAACUGUCAAACAUUACCAUGUGCAUACAAACGCUGAAAACAAAUUAUACCUGGCUGAAAACUACUAUUUUGAUUCCAUUCCAAAGCUUAUUCACUAUCAUCAACACAAUUCAGCAGGCAUGAUCACCCGGCUCCGCCACCCUGUGUCAACCAAGGCCAACAAGGUUCCUGUGUCUGUGUCCCUGGGAAGCGGAAUCUGGGAACUGAAAAGAGAAGAGAUUACCCUGUUGAAAGAGCUGGGAAGUGGCCAAUUUGGAGUGGUCCAGCUGGGCAAGUGGAAGGGGCAGUAUGACGUUGCUGUUAAGAUGAUCAAGGAGGGCUCCAUGUCAGAAGAUGAAUUCUUUCAGGAGGCCCAGACCAUGAUGAAACUCAGCCAUCCUAAACUGGUUAAAUUCUAUGGAGUGUGUUCAAAGAAAUAUCCCAUAUACAUAGUGACUGAAUAUAUAACCAAUGGCUGCUUGCUUAAUUACCUGAAGAGUCAUGGAAAAGGACUUGAACCCUCCCAGCUUUUAGAAAUGUGCUACAAUGUUUGUGAAGGCAUGGCUUUCUUGGAGAGCCACCAAUUCAUACACCGGGACUUGGCUGCUCGGAACUGCUUGGUAGACAGUGAUCUCUCUGUGAAAGUAUCUGACUUUGGAAUGACAAGGUAUGUUCUUGAUGACCAGUAUGUCAGUUCAGCAAGAACAAAGUUUCCAGUCAAGUGGUCAGCCCCAGAGGUAUUCCACUACUUCAAAUACAGCAGCAAGUCAGACGUAUGGGCAUUCGGGAUCCUGAUGUGGGAAGUGUUCAGCCUGGGGAAGCAGCCCUAUGACCUGUAUGACAACUCGCAGGUGGUUGUGAAGGUCUCCCAGGGCCACAGGCUCUACCGGCCCCAGCUGGCAUCGGACACCAUCUACCAGAUCAUGUACAGCUGCUGGCAUGAGCUUGCAGAAAAGCGUCCCACAUUUCAGCAGCUACUAUCUUCCAUUGAACCACUUCGAGAGAAAGACAAGCCUUGAAGAAGAAGUUACGAGUGCUGAUGGAGUGAAUAUCGAAGUUGGCCAACGCGUUCAUCCUUUUGAAGAAAAGUAGCAAGGCACAAUGUACCCUAGCCAGUUCUUGAUAGCAUCCUGUGUGUUGUUUGUUAAAUCAUCUAGAGUGAAUAAGGUAGGAAAUGGAUGAUUUCCUUGAAGUUUAGGUCAAAUUAGGCAUUUUGUCUAUGCUGCUCUUUACGUAACACUUACCAGCCUCUAGCAGAAGCACAUUUUCCGAUUGCAGCAUAAAGAGAGUGUGUUUCAUGUGUAAAGAUAGAGUAGAAUAGAACUGAAAAAUUAUUUGUCGGAUAUUCAUUCUUUAUUAUUGUCACUAUCAUAAUUAA